UGUCCCUCGCCUGCCAUGGAAUCCACGCAAGUUUCCCACGUGCUUUAUCAUAACACCCUGACAAAACCAACUCCGGGCCUGACCCCUGUACACCUGGGGGUAACAUGCCUGCUCAGGAAUACCCUAUGCCCGUUGUCUGGCAACCUUGCUGCACCACACGCUCAGGGGGAGCCCCUCUGGGUCCAGAACCUGGUUACUGGGACAGAGGACCAAGGAGAAAAUGAACCCAGCAGUGAGGCUAGGGCGGGCACCCUGCCGCUGCUGCCCUGUGCCAGUGCCUAUGUGACCCCGCAGCCACCCUUCUGCCAGCCUCUGGCCCCAGAGCUUCGGGUGCGCCAGCUGGAGCUGGGUGCAGAGCAUGUGUUGCUGCUUUGCGAAGCUGGCCAGGUGUUCUCCUGGGGUGGAGGCAGGCAUGGACAGUUGGGCCACGGGACGCUGGAGGCAGAGCUGGAGCCAAGGCUGUUGGAAGCACUGCAAGGCCUGCGGAUGGCUGAGGUGGCUGCAGGUGGCUGGCACUCUGUGUGUGUGAGUGAAACUGGGGAUAUUUAUAUCUGGGGCUGGAAUGAGUCAGGGCAGCUGGCUCUGCCCAUAAAGAGCUCUGCAGAGGACAAGAUGGCAGUGAGAAGGGAAGCCACAGAAUUGAAUGAAGAUUCCCUCAAAGGAGAGGAAGCAGCCAUGGCUGAUGUUGGAGCUCCUGCCCUCUUCAUAGCCAUCCAGCCCUUCCCAGCUCUACUGGAUCUUCCCACAGGCUCAGAUGCAGUCAAGGCCAGCUGCGGAUCCCGACACACAGCUGUGGUGACACGAACAGGAGAACUCUAUACCU